AGCACAGCCACCGGUGUAGCGCGCCUUGACUGCGAAUUUUGCCGAGCGCGACUGUCAACGGUCUCCAGGAUGCAGGCGCUACCGCGGGGCCCCCUCGCGCACUGCGCCGCGCGCCGCUUCAGCACGUCCGCCGUCGCGCGCGUCCGCCUCCCCCACAUCGGCCGCGAGCCGCUCCUCUGGAAGGACCCCGUCAAGCUCACGCCCACGCCCGAGUCCAUCCUCGUCGAGGGCCCGCUCGGCCGCACCGCUGUCCCGCUCAAGCCGUACAUCACCCUGCACUUCCCGGACGCGCAUCAGCUGCAGAUCGGCGUGAAGGACAUGGGCGAGCGCGAGCAGCGCAUGAUGUGGGGCACGACGCGCACGCUCAUCGCGAACGCCAUCGUCGGCAUGACGGAGGGGUACUCGGUGCCGCUCUACCUCGUCGGCGUCGGGUUCAGGGCGAACCUGGAGGACGACCCGCGUGGGACGCUGGACGGCGGGAGCGGGAAGCGGCUGCACAUGAAGCUCGGGUACACGCACUCUGUCUACGUGCCGAUUCCGCCGUACAUGAAGGCGGAGGUGCCGAGCGCGACGAAGAUCUCGCUGUUCUGCACGGACAAGCAGUUGCUCGGGGAGUUUGCGCGCAAGAUAAAGAGCUUGCGGAUGCCGGAGCCGUACAAGGGGAAGGGCAUUUUCAUCGGCAAGGAGACCAUCCGCCUAAAAAGUGCGAAGAAGAGGUAGUCGAGCGCACGCACUCCUGCCGUCGAGCUCGAGCGUCGCAACCUCGUGCUCCCACCUGCUCCUAUCCUCUUUUUCUGCCCCUCUAUCCUCACCGACCUAUGUCGCUGGCAUGCGGCACGUAGAGCACCUCCCGCAUACUCAUACACCGGCGUCCAACCACUACAUCCUCGUAAUGCUUUCGAUCUUGCUGCAAUCCACAAGCACCAUAUACAUCACUGCUCUGCCAAACUCA